GAUCAUGCUGUGUUUGUGCAAGAUACAAUUAUCCCUGCAGAAAUUGUGUGAAGGCUCCGCCCAUUCACCUUCGUUACCUAUUGCGUCAUCCAGGCAUACUGGGUUGUGCCUCUGCGCUUUCACGUUGGUUGAAAUUCUGAGAAUGGAGUUGUUUUUCGCUUUUCAGGAAUCUGUGGAGCUUAUCAGUUUCUAUUUUCUGGAGGUUGGGUCGAUCACAUUCUAUCGUAUCAGACACUGAGAGGAUAGGAAAAAGAAGAGAGAGAAAAAAAAAUAGAGAGAGUCGAUUCUCUGUCGAACAUGACAUGUGUGCUCUGUUUUGGAAGAACUGGAACACUGGAAAACUGCUUUGUGGACUGAGACGACAAUAUGACGAUAUCUCCGUUAUUAAGUAGCUGAUUUCAGGUCCAGCUUGAAGCCAAGAAAACUUUGCUCAGUGCCAUCAUUUAACAGAACAGCAGACAUGACAUCUGUUGUGGACUUGAAAACAAAGGAAGAGAAAGAUGCAGAACUGGAUAAAAGAAUUGAAGCACUGCGAAAGAAAAAUGAAUCCUUGAUGAGACGAUACCAGGAAAUUGAAGAAGAUCGGAAAAAAGCAGAACAGGAAGGAAUUGCGGUGACAGCACAAAGAAAACCUAAACACACCGACCCAGAGCCUGAGAGACGAAAGGAAAAGGAUCAGUUUACCAUCACAGUUGAUGUGUCCAAUGCUGCUUCAGAUAAGCGAGUUGUUAGUGAUCGAAAACACAGUACUCCAAGGACCAGUCCACGUUCACCAGUCCAACAACAAAGACAGAGCCCUCAGCGAAGAACUUCUGGACGAUUUAUGCAAAAAGUACCAGUUCGAUCACCGCAUGAGAAUUCAUUUGAUGGGCAUUCUUUAGGCAGCCCUGAAGACGGAAGUAUGAGCAGGCAGGAACAGAUGCCUCAUGUGGAACGAGGAAGCCGAUCACCUCAGGAUGGUCCUAAAAGAGGAGGGUUUAACCAGUCUGAGAGAAUGCAACGUGGAGGCAAAGUAGACCAGCCAGUUUGGGGCAGCCUUGGUGGAGAAAACCUAAAUUGGCUUGACAGGAAUAAUAGAGGAAGAAGGGGCCAAGGAAGAGGAGGGGGAGGUGGUGGUGGCGCAGGUGGUGGUAGAGGCAUUGGCCGAGGUGGUGGAGAUGAUCGCGGCAUUCCCCAUGGAGUCUCAAUUUCUGGACCGGAUAGAAAAAUAAAGGACUGGGAAGAAAAGAGAAGGCAGAACAUUGAAAAGAUGAAUGAGGAAAUGGAGAAGAUUGCAGAAUAUGAGAGGAGUCAAAGGGAUGGUUGUAUGGAAAAGAAUCCAUUUAGAAAUUUUUUGGAUGAUCCACGUAGAUCUGGACCACUUCCAGAUGGGGACAGAAAAGAAGGGAGUCGACGUCACACUCGUAACUGGGGUGGACCAGAUUUUGAGAAGGUGAAGACUGGCAUGGAACGAGAGAAAGAAUGGCAUGGUAGGAGACCAGUGCAGAGCAAGUCAUUCGACAUGACAUUAUCAAUGACAGGUCGGGAGAGGACAGAAUACAUGCAGUGGAAGAAGGAACGAGAACAGAUUGAUCAGGAGAGGUUAGCAAGACAUCGGAAUGCAACGGGACAGUGGAGGAGAGAAUGGGAUUUAGAGAAAACUGAAAACACAUCAGCAAACACUGUGGAAUUGCCGUUAUCUGAUCAAGGUGACCGACAAGGAAAAGGAUGGCGUAAGAAUUUACGCGUGAGGUUCAAGUUACCAGAAGAUUAUCGGCGACCUCCCAAACCUGCAACAUUUGGAGACUUCAUUCCAGAAAGAAAAUCCAGAGGAUCUGGCAGGUUUAGAGGUCAAGGCAGGGGGCGUGGACAAAGCAAAAGCUACAGUAUGCAUGACAACAGAUGGGAGGAGAAACCGAUGGAAGAAAAUAUACAGAUUGUGGAAGACAGACAAGAACAGCAGGAGCAGGAUGCACUACAAGAAAAUAAGCAAGUAAGUACAACAUGUUAUUAAAAAAAGAAGAAAAAA